AUGCAGCUGAUCUGCCCCCCCUGGGCGUGCGCCUUCGUCGUCGCAACGAUAUCGGACCACAUCCGGCGCCGCUUCCUUUUCGCCGUCUCGUUCACGGCGCUUGCAUUCACGGGCCACAUAAUGUUGCUUGUCGUGCAUGACAACACGAACUUGCAGCACAGGGCACGCUAUGCCGAUUGCGAUUAUCG